AGCGAGAUUGCAGCGUAAAACUGAGGAUGGGGAUGCGUGCGCAUAAAACGGAGACGACGACAAGCUCUCGAGCCUCGCCGGGCUCACCGCAGUUCUUUGGUUGCGUCGCCUUUCAGCACCUGUCAGAUUCGAAUUUGAUGAAGAAUCAUGCCAAAAACAAGGGAUACAGCCUCUGCUGAUGAUACGCUGUCUUCAGACGGCGUCGAAGAAAUGAUAACCGAUUUGGCAAAACAGAGGGCCAGACAACAGUUCGCCAAAUGGGCGGCUGGAGGAUCUGCGACAGCAGCGGCUAAGGAGGCGGCCGGUGCCCCUAAAAAGGCGGUGGCCCGAGCUGCGGCUAAGACCCGUGGCGGAACAGCCGCUGGCGUUGCCUCCAAUGAAAAGACCGAGCCUCAACCCGGCAAUCAAGAGCGCAAGUGGGUCACCACAAAGAUGGAGAUGAAAGAGUUGGCUGCUGAUCUCAGCCGCAGAUUUGUCCUCAAACAAGGGAAGACCGAUGAAAGCGGCCAAAAGGCGCUCCUCGAGGCUGUCCUCCAAAUAUGGGACACGCGUGACCAGCCGCCGCUGGAGAGUCCAAUGAUUCAUCGUCUUAGAGUCAUUCACCCUUUUUGCAUUGAUAAUAUCCAAUAGAUAAUGAAAAUUCUUAACAACUUUUACUUCCAAAUUUAAAUAAGCUAAAAUAUAACGUACUCAAUUUAGCCCAAAAAAGCCUAAUUUUAUUAUUUUUAACUCUCAUAUCCCCCGAAGAUAACCAUUGUCAGUCGUUUGGGCGCUCAUAUUUAUUAUCAUUGAUAAUAUUUUAUUUUUCAAAACUGCUCGUUCAAAAUAUCUGAAAAUUUACGUACUUAUGCAAAAUUACAUGCCGCAUCUUGAAGUAAAUUAAAAUUGCCCCUUGCCACGACCUUAAGUGCGACGAAGGGUUUCACCAUGAAACGCGCUGCAAUUUGCACUCAAGCCGCGAUUUCUUCCGCACUUCGAGCGGUGCCUUCGUGGCUCGAAGGGAGGAAUUAGAGCAAAAAUCAGAGAGCGAUCAGUCGGUUUACGUUUGCAUACCUCUCAUGCAAAUACACAGGACACGUGAAACAAGCCGAAAUUCCAGUAAGGAUGAUUCGCAUGCCAGAGGCAUGAUCAAGGGGCUUUUAUUUUUUGUUUCCACAAACGCGCCUCGCAGGAGCAAGAUGGCGGGGAGGAGUUAAUUAUUUUCUAUCCUUCGCGAAAUUUAAUGUUUCCAAGGGUCAGCCCCUCCUGAGGGGUGUAAGGAUCUAGGGUACUUACGCCUCUUGAUAAGUGUGCAUUUGUAGGUUCCUUGUUCGUUGGUAUAAAGCCAAAGCACCUCUUUUUCAAAACACCCUCAACCUUUUUUGCCUCUUGCCAUUUAUUUGCUUUUACUACCACUGAUUAAUUAAUACUAUCGCUGACCACGCCCCCUGAACAAAGAAAAAUUUAAUACAUUUAUGGCAAGCACUGGAGGGUCUCCGUUUGUCAGAGGCGUCGAUUUCUUACGAAUAAUGUUGCAGGGUGAGUAUUAUUUAUUUAAAUUCUCGCGUCUUUUAUUUAAAUUGCCCCAUUGUUCGAUUUUCUGCCUCCAAAUUUUCCCCUAAAAAUGAGAUACAGGCGAAUUAAAAGCAUGUGUGCAACAUCGCCCAUCGCCUCCUUUUAUUAGCCUAUACUUGAAAUUGCCAAUAAAUCCGUUUUGGCAGCAACAAAUUUAAAUUUAUUGAGAAAAACAUUUAUUAUUUUGAAAAGAAAUUCAUAUUUUUUCACUUCAGUAUAAUUGUUCCUCGCUUCUGAAAACUGACGAAAAAGUUCCUCCUUGCAGAUAUUAUCCAAAAAUAUUUAAAUAUAAUUUUUUUGCUCUGUUCAAUUUUUGCAUGGAGACGAGUUUUCCACCGCCGUGAAUCUUAUGACUGGCUCCGAGAUGCUUCAAUUUUACUAAAUUAUUUUCUCAACGUUUCCUAUUUCCUGAAGAAAAAGAGAAACUUGUAAUUGAAGUUAAUUAAAAGAUAAGCAAACCUAUAGCGAGUCAACAGACCUGAGAUGCCCUCGGAGUUUGAAUUUGCGACGGAUCGAACUGAAGACCUUGGGCGUGCCUGCGGAGUUCUUCAAGCUGGAAGAACUGACCACCCUGGAACUGAGCCACAACAACCUGAGGGAGGUUUCUGCCGCAAUGGAAACAGCCAGGUCACUGCUGGUGCUCAACCUGAGCCACAAACAGCAUUGCUGGUGUGCCAAUGAGCGUCUCACCCUGGUCUCACCGACCGCUGCCCCCUGAAACCAGAAGACUUUGAUCCUCAGCCACAACCCCCUUGGCCACUUCCAGGCUCAGGUAUUAUUUUGCGCUUGAUUUAAUGAAAAGUUUGGUAUUUAGGCAACUGCCCUCGCUGCACUUAUGCUGGCGGUUUUGCACAUGAGGGCAACACAGAGGACCCUGACCAACCAGCCAGCCUCGAGUCGAUGAGCAGUUUGGUGCAACUGGACCUUGCCCAAAACGGCCUUCCGAGGCCUUGUUCGCGCCGCCCAAAUCUGAAUAGACUCAACUUGGCCAACAAAACAGACUCACCGAUAGGCUUAACAACAUGCAUAGGAAAAUUUAGAUGACGGUGAUUUUGAUCAAAGCCGGGCUGAACCUGAAUUCGGAGGCAAUGCAGAGGCUGAGCUGGUUUGGUGAUCCGACUCGCCUUCGCGCCCUACUGCGUCAAAGCGGUCUCGGUCAUAUUGGCUGCCCACUUAAUCCUCCAAGUCCCCCUCGUUUGGGUUCUGCUCAUGGGAGGCGAGUUGAAGGCUAUUUACAAAAUAUGGAUGAUUUUUUUAUAUCAAAAUUUAUUGUAUUAUGAUGUUAUUAGCGGAAAUUAUAAUUUAAUUAUUUAGGCAUUAUAUCAUCUGAAAAAAAAAUAGAUUCUUUUUUCAAAAAACAAGAUUAUUUGUUAGCGUGUUAAUAUUUUUGAAUUUGACGACUAUGGAGCGCCAGAAUAAGAAUUAAUCCUAUGGAUUAAAUUACUCAAAUUAUUGUUUUACUUUGAAAAUUUUAAUGCUUUAAUAACUUUACUGUACCCAACUCACCUAGAUGUGUCUCAUUUAAAAUCUGAUGAGAAUUGUUGCAUUUUUUUUUUUCAAAUAAAAAAUAAAAUUUAUUAUUUUUUUGUAUACUUAAUUAUUGCUUUACAAAUUUCUUUGUAAAAUAUUUUAAACCAGAAUGUUGUACUAAAAUAAGUUUGA